AAAUUUCCGACGCCUAAUACUUCAGCCAAAGGAGACAGGGCGAAUGAUGGCCACACCAACGCGAAAUAUACCUCUUCCGACAGGAGAUAUGUCUUUUACUUCUUCUCCGCACGAGGCAAAUCACCAACGCCAUUACCUACCCGCCAUAGAGCAUGCAAGGCUGGAGGCGGCCUUAAAGGGUAGACCUUUGCCCAAUGUCCUCCCGCACAGCAUUGAAGCCGGCAAAGAUCCAUACUACAUCGGAAACGCAUAUAGGCGACUGCAGUACAACCCAUGGCACUUAGAUACCUCUGAACGGCCUUACCUAGACUAUAUCAGAAAAGUGAUGCGCGGCUGGCCACAUCUUGAGUAUCUUGCAGACUGGAUGCAAAUCACUACGUCGCCUCCAAAGUGGAAGCAUCUGCCAAAGACCAGCCGCGACAUGCGAGCGCAGAAGACAUGUGUGGCCAUUAUUGAUUUCUCUGUGGAAGCCAACGAAAAGCCAAAAACCACCUUUAUCGGAACCAUCGGGGAGCUCAGAGAGCUUUUCGAUGAUCCUCAGUUCAGCCAUGCACCUGAUCAUCCCCGGCUUUACAUUAUGGAGGAUCUCUCUCGGGACAUGGUUGAAGAGUUUGGUUCUAGGUAUGACGUUGAUCCUUUGUUGUGGCGCGGUCAUAUCAGCGAUUAUAUGUGGUACAAGACUAAAGAUCCUUGGGUCGAACUUGACGAGCUACCGCACCUAGUCAGAGAGAAGACCUUCUACAACUUCCGUUACAUACAUCCCCGCUACUUCGAGGACAAGGAGUCUCACAGCAGGGCGACAAUUGAGGCCGGCAAGAUGAACGUCCUCAGGAGCCUAGAUAGUGACCAAUACUCGGAGAGACUGCCUGACAGCGAGGAACGAGUCUUCCUGUGUCGAAGCAAGGCUUCUCUAUGGAUUCAGCCGCGGCGUAAUGGCAAGAAUAACACUUUUGGCAUUCUAGUUGUCGACCCGACCUUUCAGGAAGGCUACCCGUUGUGGUCUGGGUAUCGUAACUUUGAGGAAACGCCAGAGCUCCAGGCUAUAAACUUGACGGGACCGCCUAGAACAUCACUCUUUCAAGACGUCGUCUAUUGGGCCUCGAAGAUGGGGGCAAGUGACUUGGAUGCCCUCGCAGCAAAUCCCCGAAAUUUGGCGUUGUCCAUCCUGACUAUAAUCGCCUCAGAGUGGCUGACCGUUCUGCAAUACUUGCGCACACGUCUCACCCAGCUCGAAUGGAUGUUAGAGAUUCCAGACUUCCGCGCGCCCUACCGACUUGACGAAGUCCUUGGUCGGCUACAUCCCUGGCACCGAUAUCUCCCAUUCUACCGGCGAUGGGUGCGCGAUGUCCUCCGGAGUAUCUUGCACAAAGACGACCUCGAUAUGCAAUCCCAGCAUAACCAGGCCCUCUUUAAGCUGCGGGAGGACUUCCUAGUCAUCCAAGAGGAAUUUGAGAUCGCGCAGGCGCAGCUGGACAACAUGACGAACCUUGUCACAGCAAUCAUCUCGCUCGAGGAGAACAAGCGCAUGGCGAACCAGAACAGCAACGUGACGCGGUUGACCUACCUUGCGGUUGUAUUUGUGCCCAUGUCGUUUGUCACGGGCCUCUUCAGCAUGACUACCGACGUUUCGGCCCUAACACAGACAUUCUGGAUAUUUUUCAUAGUAGCUAUCCCACUAUCAUUUGGGGCUCUCGCUGCUGCUCAGUGGAUCUACCUUAGGGAAUGGGUGAAGAGGCAAUGGCGAAAGUGACUGCGCAGGAAAUGGAGUUUGGAUAGCCUAUAGAAUAGCAAAAGCAGUGAGGCUCUCCCGCAUAAGAUUAGUUUUAGGGGUUGUAGCGAUCUUGCUCGUUAUUGCGGAUAGAGUUGAUAUUGGCGCACCCAACUUGGACAACGAAUUUACGAGAACAUCUGACUUAGUAUCAUAUUGUCAUUGCCC